GUUGAAGGAUGCGAGGAAAGCGUGAAAGAGCCGGAGCGCUACCUGAACUCUCAGCGCGCUGAUCCAGGGGGAACCGCUCAGUCUGAAUCAUGCGCCUCGUCAGCUGCAUCACUCACUGGGAGUGGUGUGGGAAUUGUGCAAGAUACGGAUAAGACACGUUUGUUUUCAGUGCGCCGUCAGAUGCGGCUCUGUUGAAGGUGAUAAGUUUCCCGUUAGCGGUGUGUGCGUAUAAUGCUCGCGCACGGCAGGAGCUCUGCCUCAGGACGCAUCCUGUUGUUUGUUUGUUUGUUUUUUCUCCCCUCACGGAUUUGUUUCUGCUGAAAAUCACAGCUGAAGUUUCUUAGAUAACGUGUACUUUUACUGGAAAGUUGUUUGAAAUAGUUACAAGUAAAUAAAAAACCUCGAGAGAGAGAAAAGGACUCCAGUGAGCAUGGGGAACGCAGGGAGUUUGGAGCAGCAGCACACCGACCCCAGAGGGCACAACAUGCCGUUAAAGCUGCCCAUGCCGGACCCGGGCGAGUUAGAAGAGCGGUUUGCGGUUGUUUUGAAUUCUAUGAAUUUGCCUCCAGACAAAGCCCGGUUACUGCGGCAGUAUGACAACGAGAAGAAGUGGGAGCUGAUCUGUGAUCAGGAACGAUUUCAAGUGAAAAACCCUCCUCACACAUAUAUCCAGAAGUUGAAGAGUUAUCUGGACCCAGCAGUCACCAGGAAGAAAUUCCGCCGGAGAGUUCAAGAAUCCACUCAGGUGCUGAGAGAACUAGAAAUUUCUUUAAGGACUAAUCACAUCGGAUGGGUGCGUGAGUUUCUAAACGAGGAGAAUAAAGGCCUGGACGUGCUGGUGGAGUAUCUCUCAUUUGCACAGUAUGCUGUCACAUUUGAUGGUGACAGCUUUGAGAAUGGCACAGACAACGCGAUGGACAAGUCUAAAUCUUGGAGUCGUUCUAUCGAAGAUCUCCACGGAGGGAGCAACCUGCCCUCUCCGAUUCCAGGAAGCAUCAGCAGAGCUGGGAGACACUCUACAUUAAGAUGUAAUACAUUGCCCAGCAGAAGAACAUUGAAGAAUUCGAGAUUGCUGUGUAAGAAAGAUGAUGUUCACGUCUGCAUUAUGUGCCUGCGAGCCAUUAUGAACUAUCAGUAUGGCUUCAACAUGGUUAUGUCCCACCCUCAUGCUGUGAAUGAAAUUGCACUAAGUCUGAACAACAAGAACCCCAGGACGAAAGCGCUAGUACUGGAGCUGCUGGCUGCUGUGUGUCUAGUCAGAGGGGGGCAUGAGAUUAUUCUCGCUGCUUUUGAUAACUUUAAAGAGGUUUGUUCAGAAAAUCAACGGUUUGAGAAGCUGAUGGAGCACUUCAAGAACGAGGACAAUAACAUUGACUUCAUGGUGGCUUGUAUGCAGUUCAUAAACAUUGUGGUCCACUCAGUAGAAGAUAUGAAUUUCAGAGUGCAUCUACAGUAUGACUUCACUAAACUAUGUUUGGAUGAGUACCUGGAUAAGCUGAAACACACUGAGAGCGAUAAAUUGCAGGUGCAGAUCCAGGCCUACCUGGAUAACGUGUUCGAUGUGGGAGCUCUGUUGGAGGAUGCUGAGACGAAGAAUGCGGCGCUGGAACGAGUGGAGGAGCUGGAGGAGAGCAUGUCUCAUAUGACGGAGAAGUUACAAGACACAGAAAACGAAGCUAUGGCAAAGAUUGUAGAACUGGAGAAGCAGCUAAUGCAUAAGAACAAGGAACUGGACUCUAUACGGGAAGUCUACAAGGAUGCUAGCUCGCAGGUGCACACGCUGAGGAGGAUGGUGAAGGAGAAGGAUGAGGCCAUUCAGCGGCAGUGCAAUCUGGAGAAGAAGAUUCAUGAACUGGAAAAGCAAGGAACCAUUAAGAUCCAGAAGAAAGGAGACGGGGAUAUUGCCAUCCUGGCCUCUGCUCCAUCCACUAACGGCCUGCUGGCAGGCACGGAGGGUGUGAUGGGGGUACCUGGUGGUGCCAUGGUGGGUUCUGUGGGUCCAAGCAACGGUGUAAAACCAGGCAUGUCCAUGCCACCACCUCCCCCUCCACCCCCACCUAUGCCUGCAUCAUUACCAAACGGUCCAUCAGCUGCCCCUGAGCCACCUCCUCCUCCUCCACCACCACCACCACCACCACCUCCCCCUCUUCCGGGCUCUGGGAUCGCUGUGGAGGAAUCUUCCCGUAUGCCCCCACCUCCACCACCCAUGGCACCACCUCUACCAGGCUGUGGAACCCCCACUGUAAUCUUCAAUUCAGGUCUUGCAGCUGUGAAGAUUAAGAAGCCAAUCAAAACGAAGUUCCGAAUGCCAGUGUUUAACUGGGUGGCACUGAAGCCCAACCAAAUCAAUGGCACUGUCUUCAAUGAGAUUGAUGAUGAGAGGAUACUGGAGGAUCUAAAUGUAGAUGAGUUUGAGGAGAUAUUUAAGACGAGAGCUCAGGGUCCUGCUAUUGAUGUCACGUCUAGCAAGCAGAAGACUAUCCAGAAGGUCCUUAAUAAAGUUUCACUGUUGGAUUCCAACAGGGCCAAAAAUCUGGCCAUUACACUCCGAAAAGUGGGCAAGACUCCGGAGGAAAUCUGCAAAGCAAUUCAGAUGUUUGACCUGCGGAUGUUGCCGGUGGACUUUGUGGAGUGUCUGCUGCGCUUUAUCCCCACAGAGCCCGAGGUCAAAAUGUUACGGCAGUACGAGAAGGAGAAAAAACCACUGGAAAACCUCACGGAUGAAGACCGCUUCAUGAUGCAGUUCAGCAAAAUUGAGCGCCUCAUGCAGAAGAUGACUAUUAUGGCAUUUGUGGGGAACUUUAGUGAGAGUGUGCAAAUGCUUACUCCGCAACUGCAUGCCAUUAUCGCAGCAUCUGUGUCCAUCAAGUCUUCACAGAAACUCAAGAAAAUCCUGGAGAUUAUACUGGCCCUUGGGAACUACAUGAACAGCAGUAAAAGAGGGGCAGUAUAUGGCUUCAAACUCCCAAGUUUAGACUUGUUGAUAGAUACCAAAUCAACAGACAGGAAGAUAACACUAUUGCACUACAUCGCAAAUGUAGUGAAGGAGAAAUACCAGCAGGUGGCACUGUUCUAUAAUGAGAUCCAUUAUGUGGAAAAAGCAGCAGCAGUCUCUUUAGAGAAUGUGUUGUUGGAUGUGAAGGAGCUCCAGAGAGGAAUGGAUCUGACAAGGAGAGAGUAUAGCAUGCAUGGCCACAACACCAUGCUCAAAGACUUCAUACAUCUCAAUGAGAGCAAGCUCAAGAAAUUGCAGGAUGAUGCCAAGAUCGCACAGGAUGCUUUUGAUGAGGUAGUAAAGUUUUUUGGGGAGAGUUCCAAAACCAUGCCUCCGUCAAUGUUCUUCCCUGUGUUUGUGCGAUUUGUGAAGGCAUACAGGCAAGCAGAGGAGGAAAAUGAGCAGAGGAAAAGGCAGGAACAGAUGUUGAUGGAAAAGCUGCUAGAGCAAGAGGCCAUGGAGCAGGAAGAUCAGAAGUCUCCCUCUCAAAAGAGCAAACGCCAGCAGCAGGAGCUGAUAGCGGAGUUGAAGAAGAAGCAAGUGAAGGACAGUCGGCAUGUUUACGAGGGAAAAGACGGGACCAUUGAGGACAUUAUCACUGAUCUAAGAAACCAGCCUUAUAGGCGCGCUGACGCAGUGAGGAGAAGUGUCCGGAGACGUUUUGAUGAUCAGAGCUUACGGCCAAUCAACAGCGCAGAGCUGGUGAUGUAACAAAGGCAGAGUGGAUGUGAUUGGUUGAGAUACAGGAGUGAAAGAGAGCUCGUCAGCCUCUCUCUGUGUGUGUGUGUGUGUGAAAAGGACCGAUGAAGGAUUGAAAGAGUGAGGACGUUCAUCUUAAGGGCCAAAAACUCAAGCUACUUUUGACCAAGUGCCUGAAUUUAACAUUUGUGCAAAAUUGUAUUUUUACUUUUAAUAUGUAUUGUAUUAUUUCAAGCAAUAGGAACUUUUGCUCAUUUACCACAGUGUCACUUAUACAGAUGGAAAUACACUCGCAUGGAAAUCCAUAGUGAAGUCGUACAUUCCGGUGGUAAUGACCGUAUUGCUUUUACUGCACAAUGUUGGUCCAAAACACUUUUUCCUAUAUGUGGACAAGGGCUAUGUGUAUUCUUAAAGAUUACAGGCAUGUUGAGCUUACUGCAAAUCAAAAAGGAAUGGAAAGACUGUGUAGCAUUUUUGAAUGACAGCAUGGCAAGUUUAAUGAAGACCAAUUUUAUAUAAAAAAAAAAAAACAACCAAACAAACAAACGAUCGAGGGUUUAUGGAGAAGUAUUAUUGGAAAUGGUGAAAGGUUGUGAAAAGUAGAUGGUUCCAAGUUAAUGUGAAAUGUAUAUAACCUAAGCAUCGUCACUCAGCAGUGUUAGCAGACCAAAAUCCACUCCAUUCACAAUUACAUGAAAGCAUUCAAAUGUUUGUGUGUCACGCCAUCAAACGAACCAUCUAACUACACCACAAUAAAGUCACGAUUAUAGUUGUGCCCAAGUGCCACUCGGCUUUUAAUGAGGGGCUGACCUUAAGUAGGAAAAUACAAAAGACUGUUUCAGUACAAUUACAGUACAAGCCAAAGAAGGAAGGAGAAAAAAAAAACCCCAACACCGUCUCAGACACCGGAUUCACCUUUUGUGAACGUUUUUUUUUUAAAAGUACUGAAUUAAUCCACAGGCACUUGCACUGUCUCUCCACUAAUACAUUUUAAGUAGAUUAUUCAACCACUGAAGCCAGUCUUUCUCCAUGUGGCUUACGCAGACCACUUCUUUUUCAGCUUCCAGCUCUUUGUAAGAAAAAGCCUAGAAAUGCUUUUUAAUUGUACAGAUAUUUUGCUACAAAAUUGUUGCAUUAAAAAACUUCUUAACCUUCAUUAGCAUAAGGUUAAUAUUGUACAUAUUGAUUUCAUCAUCCUGUUACUCCAUUUGAAUGUUAUUUUAACUUAUGUUUUUUUUUUUCCAUUUUGUAUAUUUAAUUAAACAAACGAAUUUGUUGCAUCAUUGAUUAAGUACAUAGCAGAGUUCUCGGAUUUUACGCUUGCCUAGCAGUAAUAAGGCAAUAGAAUAACUGGCACAAUGGGACGCCACAUAACGCAUCAUUAAAUAAUACUGACACGUGUCUCUGUACGCUACAAUCCCAUGCCCUUUAUGCAUUCCAUUCCUUCUAUAGACCUGGGUCAAACUGGUAUGUCUUCUUGUCCUCUAAUCAAAAAUGUAUCUUUUGGCAUUGCGUUGUUGCAGCGGAAUUUGAUUUUAAUAACACAUUGUUUUAGAGCCACGGUUUUCAAUGCCAAUGAUUGAAUAAACUAUUUACAUAAGUUUAA